UUUAUUGUAAUUGCGGACGACGCGAUUUAUAAUGUUUGGAACUGGGUCGAACUGGAUCGUUUUCGGCUUCGUGGAGUAAGCCAUAAUCCAAAAAAUAUUUGGUGGGGAUCGGAAUUUGGUGCAGCGGCUAUCAAUACCACUAUUGCUUUGUUGAGAAAAAGCAUUGCUGACGGACUCAAUUCAAAACUAGCUCGAGCAUGGCAAAGAUACACUGAAGAGGUCGUUGAUGGUUUUGGAGUGCUCGCAAUGGCUAGUGUUUGGGGAACUGCCGAUUGGUACUUCGUUCCAGCACAAAAUUUCACCGUUUUUUACCAGCUUGCUGAGUUAAUGUUUGAUGGUCGUGUAUUUCACGAGAUCGCUGUACCAAAAAUUGGCGCUGGUCUAAAAUGGCUAAAUAUUUACAGCACCGGAGAUUUAGACUUGCCAUCUGGUCUUCACGUCUGGCAUAAACGAUAUCACUGGUCCGAUUUAUACAAUGCCAAUUUACUCUACUACCAUCCGAUCAAGCCAUCACCUUUUGGAAAAAAUCUGAGAAAGCGACGAGAAUUUUGUCGAACAGUUGUCACUUCGUUUCGUGAUAAUCUUUGGAAUCCGUGGAAUGAACAAACAAUAAAUCCAAAUUAUAAGGAAGGAUCCCAGAUAUACCACUUGUUAAACUCAAGUGAAAUUUGUGCGGAGCCAUCAUUCUCCAUCUCUGCGUAUUUCAACUGCCGUAUUCAAAAUGCUGAUGGUAAAAUUCUCGAAGAAACACCUGAAAAUUUCACCCUUGCCACGCACACAUCUAACACUACGCUGUACAAACAAAAUAACGAGGAUUUUGAGCAACCAGAAUCAAACACCGAGUUGCUACCACAGAACGUCAGUGGCAGCAGCCUUUCAGAUUGGCCGGAAGAAGAGGAAAGAGAUCUGAAAAGAAAACAGUAUUUGAAGUGCAUGGAGUUUAUGUAUCAUGUUGUAAAUUGUUAUAAAAAUAUUAACUAUCGGUCAUAUUUUGUGGAUUAUUUCCAGGGUCUCAAAGAUCCAGAGGAAUUCUGGGAAAAUGAACGGGGGGAGGUGUCGCAAAAUUUUACUACAUCGUCACUACCGGUGACGCAAGGAUUGGCAUAG